CUACAGGAAAACAGACAAACUGAAAAUGAGAACUCCAUUCGUUGCAGAAGAAGAAACGUGAAAGAUGCCCAUGCUGGCUUUCUUCAUUGAGCUGCUGCUGGUGCAUUACACAACCCAGAGUUCUGCAGGAAUUCAAGCCGUCUGCGGUGGAGACGUUUCACUCCCGUGUCGCUAUGAAGACAUUGAAAGCAUCAACUUCAUCUCUGUGACAUGGUACAAGCUCAACAACCAGAGCAGAAAUGGCAUCAUCCUGAGGAAAAAAAGGGAAAAUCGAACUACGGCCUUCACGUCCGCCCGUGCGUCAGACUUCGGGGACAAAUACAGUUUGAUGCUUCGCAACGUGACGCCCGAAGACUCAGGCAACUACGACUGUUACAUCGCUGCAAAUAUAGGGGGGACAAACAGGAAUUCUUAUGUCUACCUAACGGUUCAAGAUUGUGUGACUCCUACGACUUCGUCCCCUCCCCCCAAUGCACAGGUAAAGGAGCUGUCGAACCUGUGGAGCAUUCUGGGAUUUGUGACAGUGGGUCUUGUCAAAGUCAUUCUAUCCAUAAUCAGCAUUUGGGUGAUUGGUGUCAUCACUUCAAGAAGAUCGAAACAAAGGGAAAGGAGCGGAUUCCUCUGAUUGGACACUUCCAGAGAUUGUAUUAAUAUACACAGAGAAAUAAUUUCAUUUGUUUAUUCAUUGGAUUUUUCUUGCUUCCACAAAGUGUUUUUUUUCUGUUCUCGUUUUAUAACAGACAUGAGAGGAUGUGAGAGGAUGAACGAAAACCACACAUAGAACAUAUGUAAAUUGAAACUUGACGUUUUCCACUUUUUAAAAUAAACUCUUGGGUUUAAAUAAAAAAUGUUUAUCUAUUAAAUUGUAAGUAUGGUGCUGAUUUUAAUUGUGCCAUUUAUACAAGUUAUAUAACAAAUAUGCCUAGUGGUUUUCAUCCUCUGCCUGUUGCACUUUACUUCCUGACACCAUGUGUGAAAGAGUGAAACCACACACAGACACACACACCAAUGAGCUGCAUUUAAACAACCACACAAAGCACAGAUUGUGUAAAUACUUAGACAAAUCCUUAAAUUCAGAAAAUAGAAGUAUUUAUUCUGUGCUGUAUUUUACCUGCUUCCAGAAAUUGAAUUUUUUUAAAUUGUGACACACAUGAGAAAUUAAAUGUAACUGCUGAAAUAAACACUCAAUUCAAAUUACAACGCUUAUAGAUUAAAUAUAAAUUAUUCUACUGCUUUUCAACGGUGCCACUGAUAAAUGUAAAAUAAUAAUGUGUUUAGACUGGGUCCUCUUGUGGUUCUCACCCUAUGCCUGUUUCACUUUUACUUCCUGCCCGGAUUGGGUCUGAAACGAAACAGUGAAACCACACACACACACACACACACACACGCCAAUGAGACACCCUGCAUUUAUCUGAUGUUGUAUUGACGUUAUCAUAUAAAGAUCUCAACCAUC